AUGAAUUCGGAGAUCGGUCUGGAUUUGCGGCCAAAAGGAGGUCUUCCAACCUCCGAAGAAUUGUUGGUUCUCUUGGAGAAACAGGAUGUGAUGUUGGAAUCGUUGAUGCUCGAAGUACAAACAUGCAGAGAAGAAGUGGAUCGAUUGAAAAGGGAAAAUAUACAAAUUGAAAGAGACGGCAAUCAAGCGAGGAGUGAUCAGAUGGAAACGGGGGAAAAAUUGCGAGAAGCCAUCAAUCUACUAGACAUACAGAAGAACUUAACGACUGAUCUCGAAAAGGAAAUUGAGAAGAUGAGACACGACGCGACCCUCAUGAAUCCCGUGGGAAAGGUGCUCGAAUUUGAGGCGAAAACACGAGAAUUGGAAUUUUCGUUGGACCGCGAGAAACGAUCGACGGAUGCACUCAAAAACGAGAUCCACGAUUUGAAGCGGCAAAAAGAAGAGCUGAAAUCCGAUCUGGAAAACUCGUGGGAACACCGAAAAGAUCUGGCGGCAAACCUCAACGAGAAAAUGGAAAUUCUGAGUCGAGAACUCACCGAGGAAAAGAUCAGAAAUCAAGCCGCACGACUUCACGAUGAGGAACUGAAUGGGAAAAUGAAAGCCGAGCUAGAAAUCUUAAAAGAACGAGAGAAUUUCUUCGAGACACACAACAAACAAUUGGCUCAAGAUGUUCAGGGAUUGCGAAAAGAGAGAGCGGUGAUGAUGAAUAGAAUAAAAAUACUUAAUGACGAGAAUGUGUCGCUGAGAACAAAAGUUUUACGUUUUACGGGAGACGAUGACUUAGUGGAAACAAAUAAAGGGGAAACUAAAGCUUUCGAAAAGCUGAUCUCGGAUCAAGCUCAUUUGAUAGCGGCGCUAAGAGAAGAAUGCAAACUUUUGGCGAAUAAAUUGGAAGAUGAGAGAAAAGAGUACCGUUCCGAACGAAAGAUUUCUCGAAAGGAAAAGAAAGAAUUGGAACAACGAUUGGAGAGACUUUUGCUUAUUGAGAAGAGUGAAAAG